GACCUUGACGUCACACCUCUCGGCACCGGUCUGCUGCCAGUCUGCCACACACAGACAGCUGAGGAUUUCCAGACGGGGGAUCCCGGCUCCGCACGGCCUUAUAUUGUCGAAACGUUGGAGUGCACAGACUAAAUGGCGAAGACGUACGAUUACCUGUUCAAACUGCUGCUGAUCGGAGACAGUGGAGUCGGUAAGACAUGUCUGCUGUUCAGAUUCAGCGAGGACUCCUUCAACACCACCUUCAUAUCCACAAUAGGAAUCGACUUCAAAAUCAGAACAAUCGAGCUGGAUGGAAAGAGAGUGAAACUUCAAAUUUGGGACACUGCAGGGCAAGAGAGGUUUCGCACCAUCACUACAGCUUACUACAGAGGAGCGAUGGGCAUUAUGCUGGUGUAUGACAUCUGCAAUGAGAAGUCCUUUGAAAACAUAAAAAACUGGAUUAGAAAUAUCGAAGAGCAUGCCUCAUCUGAUGUGGAGAAAAUGAUCCUGGGCAACAAAUGUGACAUGACUGACAGGAGACAGGUGUCCAAAGACAGAGGCGAAAAACUGGCUAUUGAUUAUGGAGUUAAGUUCAUGGAAACCAGUGCAAAGUCUAGCCUAAAUGUAGAAGAGGCUUUUUACAGCAUGGGGAGGGACAUACUACACAACCUCAGCUCUAAAACGACUGACAACAAUGCCGGAGGAACAGGCAAACCAGUCAAGAUCACAGAGAAAAAGUCGAAGAGGAUAAAAUUCUUCAAGUGCUCGCUCCUCUAGGCUGCUCAGCUCUUGUGUUCACGGCCCCUAGCGUGACUUUGCUGUUUUUGGAGGGUUCCUGCCACCCCAGGCGUCCUCGCAGCAGCGGCAGCAGUAGUAAUGGACCUUACUGGGUUGAGGUGCCAUCCUGAUUUGCCGCUGACUCGAAGAGGAUCGACGAGGAAUGAGGCCUGAUACUGUACAUCUGCUCAUGCAAAAAGACUUGUGCGUGAUCGUCAGCAUUGGUUUGUAGCCUGACCCGCAGUGUCUGCUAUCAGGAGGCAGUGAUUCUGUCGGCAUUUAUAAUACCUCUAUUGGAUCUCAUGAAAAUAGACUUUAUUAAACAUAAUAAAGUUCCACAUAGUUGUCUUAUAAAUAGGGAAAAAAAGAAAACAUUCUUUCAAAACUGUAGCAUUGUUUUAUACAUACUACCUAUUGUCAUAUUUACUAUGAUGACGCUGUCAUAGACCUAUCAAGUCCCAGCAUUGAUUGUAUUUGUCUGUGUACAUUCAUGUAUAUUAAUAUGCCUAUAGUCUCCUGUUGCACUGGCAUCAUUUCUAUUUGUUCAUGUGUGCCUCGAAGGAGUCACAGUGUUGUGAUAGAAAAGACAAAAAUAUGUAUAAAUAUAACCUACUGUAUUUUUAUUCUUUUAACGAAACCUUUAUUUAUACAGGUUUCAGUGUCAAAAUGAAACUGUGAAAGGUUUGAUUGUUUCUUAAGAGCUGUACCUAACUACAUAUUGUUAUGUCAGUAUUUGCAUGAAAGCUAUAGGGAUACCUCUGAGUGGAUCAUUAUUAAGCACAUUUUACAGUAUUUGAAAAGAAAAUGUUUACAGACAGUAUUUGAAAGUGUCGGUCAUAUCUAGGGAGUUCAUGUUUUUGAUGUUCGCAUAGUGUUGUCAUGGCAGUACAACUAACUGAUGUGUGUAUACUUUAUUUUCACCUGAAAAAGGUACAACAUGAAAACACAGAAACUGGGGAAAGCUGUAAUGUGAAUGAUUGUAAGCUACUGUACGUUACACCGAUGAAACACAGUAAAGAAAGUGGAUCUCUCAAA